AUGUCUGCCGUCAGAAAUGUAAUGCGACCAAUGAACCACACAAUCACACGGCUGUGCCUUACGGCCUCGAACCCCCGGUUUCCUACCGGCGCCGCCUCCGCCUUCGGUCCCCUAGCUGCUUCCCGCCGGUCCUACGCCUUCACAGCAUCCGGCGCUCCAUCAUUCCAGGUCUUCAACCGCCGCACGAAAUGGCUGCAAAAAGAACGCGCCGCCUCAGACCCUGAGGCCAGCAGGCAGGCCGAUUAUCUCAAGGACGAGGUCGCACAUCGUCUCUGUGAGAGGUUACUCGACAUCAAACGAAGCUUCCCCCGCGCCCUUGACCUCGGCGCAAACUCUUGCAACAUCGCCCGUGCCCUUACACGAGAGAACCCCGAUCCAGACCCGGCCAAACCGAUCUCUGCACCUCUCGCAACCCGCAUAGAAGAGCUCAUUGCCGCCGAGUCCUCUCACGCUCUCCUCCACCGCGACGCCGACCUUCCCUUCAAUUCCGAUAUCAAUAUCACCCGCCAGGUGCUCGUCGACGAAGAGCACGUCCCCUUCGAGCCCGCCUCUUUCGAUCUCGUCCUCAGCUCCCUGAGCCUCCACUGGAUCAAUGACCUUCCGGGUGUCCUCACGCAAAUCAACAAUGUCUUGAAACCCGACAGCCCCUUCAUCGGCGCCAUGCUCGGUGGCGACAGUCUCUUUGAGCUGCGCACAUCGCUCCAGCUCGCAGAACAAGAACGCCGGGGAGGCAUCUCGCCCCACGUCUCUCCGCUAGCCGACGUCCGCGACGUGGGCGGCCUGAUGCAGCGUGCAGGCUUCAAGAUGCUGACGGUCGACGUCGACGACAUUAUUGUCGACUAUCCCGACACGUUUGCGCUGAUGCAGGACCUGCAGGCCAUGGGCGAGGGCAACGCCAUCCUCGGCCGCGAGAUGGGCGCUAUUCGCCGGGACGUGCUGCUGGCAAAUGAGGGUAUCUACAGGGAGCUGCACGGAAACGAAGACGGCAGCCUCCCGGCGACGUUUAGGGUGAUUUACAUGAUCGGAUGGCGCGAAGGCGGAGAGCAGGCGAAACCGUUGCCCAGAGGAAGCGGAGAGAUUAACCUCAAGGACAUCCUGGAGUCCAACUAG